AACCCGGAAGCCAGCCGCACCAAUGUGUCGGGGGAAACACCGUUCAACUGACAACCGGUGUCAGCUUGCAGGCACCCAGCCCACCAUAAGAAGUCUCUAGAGCGUGAUGAGCCAAGUAAAGCCCCCCGGCCAAACCCUCUCAUAACCCGGACGAUACUGGGCCAAUUGUGCGCCGCCCUAUGGGACUCCCGGUCACGGACGGUAAUGACACAGCCUGGGAUCGAACCCCAGGUUGUAAUGACGCAGCAACACUGCGAUUCAGUGCCUUAGACCUCUGCGCCAUUCAGGAGGCCAGGGCUGACAAUUUUUUUAUUGGUACCAUGUGUGUCUGAGCUUUUAUUUUUUAUUAUGUCUGAGCUUUUCUUAUUCGCCUUCUCAGUAGAAAAUUGCAUUGUUUCACUCCUCCACCCAAUCCCAAUUGAUAUGUCUGUGUUAGGUGCACUUGAACAGCUGUGGUCAACACCCAUCUCCACCCUCUGAGCAUGUCCCCGAGGCAGCAUAAGCUCAGGCAGCUCAGACCACUGUGUUCUAUUCACAAUUUACAGCUCAUUCUUUGCAGUCACUACUUUUCACAUUCUUCUACAGCAGAAUAAGAGACUCACCAACACAUCAAGUACCUUUUUGUUCUAUAUUACUCCACCAUCAUGUCUAGUGGGGGGCUGAAGGACAGAAAUUCUGAAACGCUGGAGGAUGUCAACGCAGUCACAAAAGAGCUCAAGUAUCUUUACUAUAAGAGGCUGCUUCCCAUAGAGAAGCAAUAUGGCUUCCAACACUUUCAUUCUCCCAGCUUUGAGGAAGCCGAUUUUGACAACAAACCGAUGGUGCUGGUGAUGGGUCAAUACUCGACAGGGAAGACUACUUUUAUCAGAUAUCUCCUUGAGCAAGACUUUCCAGGUAGCCGUGUUGGUCCAGAGCCCACGACAGACAGCUUCACUGCCAUCAUGCAUGGGGAGGUAGAACAACUGAUCCCAGGCAAUGCUCUGUCAGUAGACCACAAAAAGCCCUUUCGCCACCUCAACUCUUUUGGAAAUGCCUUCCUGAACAGAUUCCAGUGUGCCCUGCUGCCAAAUCAAGUCCUGGAGAGUAUCAGCAUUAUUGACACACCAGGCAUCUUAUCUUCGGCUAAGAGGAGAAUGAGUCGAGGAUAUGAUUUCCCAGCAGUGCUGCGCUGGUUUGCAGAACGUGUGGACCACAUCAUCCUUCUGUUUGAUGCACAUAAACUGGAGUUCUCUGAUGAGCUCACACGUGCCUUUGGGGCUCUGUGUGGCUAUGAAGACAAGCUGCGUGUGGUACUGAAUAAAGCAGACAGGGUCGACUCUCAACAGUUGAUGCGAGUGUAUGGUGCUCUCAUGUGGUCACUGGGGAAGGUGUUUCAAACACCUGAAAUACUCCGGGUUUACAUCGUCUCCCUCUGGUCACAGCCACGUCUGUUGUCUGACCACUGUCAACUGCUGGAGCUUGAGGAACUGGAUCUUUUGGCGGAUAUCCGGAACCUGCCUCGAAAUGCUGCCAUACGGAAACUUAAUGACCUAGUUAAGAGGGCACGCCUAGUUAGGGCCCAUGCACAUAUCAUUAACCAUCUCAAGCAGGAGAUGCCCACAGUUUUCUGCAAGGAGAGCAAGAAGCAGAACCUGAUCUAUAAGCUUCCUCUCAUCUUCUCCAAGAUUCAACAGCAACAGCGAGUACCAGCUGGUGACUUCCCUGACUGUGCCAAGAUGCAGGAACGGCUAAUGGGUCAAGAUUUCACAAAGUUCAAGACACUCAAGCCCAGCCUAAUGGCUUCCUUGGACAAGUUACUGUCCAAUGACAUUGCAAAGCUGAUGCCUUUACUACAUCAACAGGAUCUGAAGAAGGCUUCCCUGCCAGGGAUUCAUGAUGGAACCUUCUUAGAACCUUCUUGGUCUCUCUUUGAGCAAGUUACAAAGAGUGGAGUAAGCAGGGAAAUGCAGAAUGGUGAGUGGGUGGUGACAAAAGAUAAACAAAAAUAUGAUGAGAUAUUCUACAAUCUCUGUCCAAAUGAGGGCAAACUGAGCGGUACUAAGGCCAAGGAGUGGAUGGUCAGCACCCACCUGCCAAACUCAGUACUUGGCCAUAUCUGGAGGCUUUCUGAUGUGGACUGUGAUGGCAUGCUGGAUGAUGAGGAGUUUGCCCUAGCCAUCCACCUCAUUGAGGCCAAGCUGGAGGGCCAUGGGCUCCCAGGAGAGCUGCCUGCCCACCUGGUGCCACCUUCGAAACGUUUGCAUUAAGGAUUAGCUGUUUAGCUUAGUCUGGCAGGUUGAACCUAUGAUGGGCUGGGCAAAGCAAAACUAGAGAACAUCAAAUAAUGCAGUCAAAAACACCAACACUUUUGAAUGAAGAGAAAUAAUUCAACAAAACAUUUGUUCCUAGAAAAAAAAUGACUGUACAGGAUAGAUUUCCAACAACUUGGUCAUGUCAGGCCAUCCACUGAUUUUCCCUGGGAAACUACAAUCCUGGCAGGAUUUUUCUUCCAAAUGAUGUACUGUCUACAAACACUAUGCAUUUAUAUUGUGGAUCCUGACACUGGUUCACUCCAAUAGAUCGCUGGAUUGUGAAUUUGACUCAUUCUGUCAUUUCUUGAUUUGAUUAUAUGUAUAUUUGUAUUUUAAGAAAUACAAAUCACUACAAAUGAAUUGCCAGUGACAACAAUUUCACAGAAAUGCAAGUAUCUCAAAUAAAAUAAUCAGAAAAAGGUCCAGGGUUACAAUUGUAUCAAACUAUGAUAGAGUUGAGAGAAUACAUUGUUUUGUCAUUGACUAAUUCUAGAGAUUGUAUGGGGACAGAUUUCAAAUAUUUGUUUUUGUGUAUGUAAAAUGGAUGAGAGAGAAUUAAGAAAUGAACAACUAAUUCAGUAGCUUGUUUUCAUUUGUAAUAUAUUAUUCAACUUUCAUUGUAAAUACAUUGGUCUUAUUAAUGAGAUAACACAUGCAAUUACUUAACUCGCGCCAAAAUAACUUUACAGAGUCGCACUCAUAAAACGUAUAGUUUCCCCCUUUUUUUAAAAUCACAAAACAUGCUAUUAAAAGUUAUUACAAUGGUAUAGUUUGUGCAAUAUUUUAAAGUUCAUUUGUUUUACUUCAUUUGAAAUACAACAUUUGUGAGGGAGCAACCAAGCAUUUUUCCAUUCAAUUUCAGUAAUGUCUACAUUCCAGAAGAAUUUCCCCCAGAGAGAGAGCUUGUUCUUGGAAUGUAAACGUUCCCUUAAUACAUUUCUUAUCCAGCUGGGGGCAACCAUACAACAUAAAUUGUGCCUCUAUCUUGACAUGUUCUACAAAACAAAUUAGAUUUAAUAAAUUGAGUAAAUCCUGAAGGUAUUGCUUUGCAUGUAGAAUUAAAUGAUUUAAUGUAAUGAGAAGUUAUGUUUCUAAGAACAUUCUAUAAGAGAGUAUAUUCCCUUUAUCAAAUAAAUCAAGCAAAAAUAUAAUGGUUAUUUCAAAUCACUUAGGGAAGAAUAAAGACUUGUUUUUGACAAUA